AUGGCGCGUCUUCUCUUCCGUCUUCUACAGGAAGCCAAUUCUCCGUCACCGGCGGAAGUUUCUCCGGCUUUGAAUUCCAAUCUCGUAGUCAUCCUCGCGGCUCUUCUCUGUGCAAUGAUUUGCGUCCUCGGCUUACUCGCGGUCUCUCGAUGCGUCUGGCUCCGUCGUCUAGCCGCCGGAAACAGAUCCGCCGCGAAUUCGGAUCAGGCUCAUCCACCGCCGGCAGCUGCGGCCAACAAAGGAUUGAAGAAGAAAGUCCUCCGAUCUAUACCGAAGCUCACCUACUCGCCGGAUUCUCCGCCGGCGGAGAAAUUCGCCGAGUGCGCGAUCUGUCUGACGGAAUUCGCCGCCGGAGACGAGCUCAGGGUGUUGCCGCAGUGCGGUCAUGGUUUCCACGUGUCGUGCAUCGACACGUGGCUUGGGUCCCAUUCUUCGUGUCCUUCCUGCCGUCAGAUCUUGGUGGUUGCCAGGUGUCAUAAAUGUGGCGGGUUACCCGGUAGUUCGAGCUCAGGAUCCGAACCCGAUACCCGAAUCAAGCAACGUGAAGAAUCUGAAGAUGAUCCUAAUAACUUCUUACCUUAG